GGAAAAUCUAUGAUGGAUAGUGAAGACGAGAUGCCCGUGAAGGACGGCACCAAGAAAUCGCUUGUUGGUGUCAUUGACGACGGUACUAAGACUGUGAGAUUUGUGAUAUACGAAGCGGAGAGGUCUGAGGAAUUAGCGGCGUACCAGUUAGAUAAGACAGAGGUACAACCUCAGGAAGGAUGGUCGGAACAGGAUCCCCUGGAAAUCAUUCACCACAUCAGGAUAUGUGCCGAGAACGCCAUAGGAAAACUACCAGAUUUAGGUUACACGAAAAAUGACAUAAUCACAUUAGGGAUAACAAAUCAAAGGGAGACGACAAUAGCAUGGGACAAAGUCACAGGUCAACCACUGCAUCCUGCUAUAGCAUGGAACGACAUCCGAACGAGUACCACAGUGGAUGCAAUUUUAGCAAAAGUGCCAGAUAGGAAUAAGAAUUACUUAAAGAACAUCAGCGGUCUUCCAAUCAGUCCAUACUUCAGUGCUCUGAAGAUGAAGUGGCUUAAGGAUAACGUGAAGGCAGUGAAGAAAGCCAACAAAGAGAGGAAGCUUCUGUUUGGUACGGUGGACUCUUGGAUUGUUUGGACAUUAACGGGCGGCGCAAACGGCGGUCUUCAUAUAACUGACGUCACAAAUGCAUCCCGGACAUUGCUUAUGAAUUUGGACACCUUGAAUUGGGAUCCUAUGCUUUGCCGAUUGUUCGGCAUACAUCCAGACUCCUUGCCGAAUAUAUACAGCAGUUCUGAAGUAUACGGUGUCGUUAAAGACGGUUCUAUACUGGACGGCAUUCAAAUAUCUGGUAUACUAGGCAAUCAACAAGCUGCAUUAGUGGGUCAGAAUUGCCUUCAAGCCGGACAGGCUAAGAACACGUACCGUAGUGGUUGCUUCCUACUGUGCAACACUGGUUCCCGCCGGGUGCAGUCCACCCAUGGACUACUCACUACCGUCGCCUACCAGCUGGGACCAGAUACGCCUGCCGUUUAUGCUCUCGAAGGUUCAAUAGCAGUUGCCGGUGGUGCCAUGAAGUUCCUCAGGGACAACCUGAAGUUAAUUAAGGAUGUCGCAAAGGAUACAGAACAAAUAGCCGGUCAGGUGUUUUCGACAGGCGAUGUGUACUUUGUACCGGCGUUUAGUGGUUUAUAUGCACCGUAUUGGAGGAAAGACGCUAGAGGAAUUAUCUGCGGUUUAACAGCAUUCACAACAAAAAAUCACAUCAUCAGAGCGGCUUUGGAAGCUGUGUGUUUUCAGACGAGGGAUAUAUUAGAGGCUAUGAACAAAGACUGCGGUAUGCCUCUAUCGAAGCUACACGUGGACGGCAAUAUGACGUCCAAUAACUUACUGAUGCAGUUGCAAGCUGACCUCAUCGGUAUUCCUGUCUUGCGCGCUCACUCGUGGGACAUGUCGGCGCUGGGGGCGGCCGUCGCGGCCGGCGGCGCCGCGCGCGUCUGGAGCGUCACGCGCUGGCGGCGGCAGCCCACGCCCACCGACACCUUCCUGCCCACCACCACCCACGACGAUCGUGACGCGCGGUAUACGAAGUGGAAAAUGGCUGUGCAGCGCUCCCUAGGAUGGGCGACGACUAAAAAAUCUAUCACUAUGACAGACGAAAGAUACCGACUUCUUGCUUCAAUACCAGCGACGUUGUAUGUUAUAGGCAGCUUUACAAUGCUAGUGGUAUCAACUAUGCUCAAUAAUAGAUGAUAAGCGAAAUAUUUGUAUUUAUAGCACGCAUAAAGAAACUGCAUCAACUCGGAAAUUAAAUACUUUGGAAAAUUGGUUCUAAUA